AUGGCUAAAGCCGUCCACCUUGCGCGCAACCCUCCUUCCUCUACCCCACUCCGCCUCCCUCCCCCUACGCCCGACUCCCUCUCCGCCGACGUCACCCCUUCUUCCACCGCCCAGUCCGUCGCCCUGCGCGACAAUCCCUGCGCGCUUCCCCACGUCACCGCAGAGUCGUUUGAGGACAUCAUGCGCUACUGCUAUUUCCAUGCCUCAAAGAAGCUCGACAAGCGCGACAAGCGCGCCCCGCACGUCAGAGUCGAGCUCAAGCAGUGGGACGACGACUUUGUCCGCUCGGACCCGCCCCGUCUGUGCGAGCUCGCCUCCGCCGCGUACUACCUCGAAAUGCGCAAGCUCGUCGACCUCAUUUGCCGCGCCAUCGCCGCCAUCAUUUCGGGCAAGACCACGGACCAGAUCCGCAACACCUUCGACGUCGAGGACGAUCUCAUCCAGAGCCUCACGGGUAUGAUCCAGUUCGACAACUUCGUCUUUCCUCCGAACACCCGCGCCGCCCCGUCCCCGCGCCAGCGCAGACAGGGAAAGGCCGACCCCGCAGACAAGGCGCGCAAGCCGGCAAAGACUUUUUCGCUCUCCGCCGUCGACGACUUUACCAACCCCGACCACGAGGGGAGGACUGACGCCCCGCAACUGGGCACCCACUCCGUCGACGAAGUCGAGAAGUGGAUCAACGGGCCCGAUCCGGGGAAGGGCGGCGGCAAGCGACGGAAGAAGAAGAAGAAGCAUCGAGGCGCCGCUGCCCAGGCCGACCCGCAACCGCCAGAUCGCACACCCACGCCCCCACCAUCCUCCCCCCCGUCAUCCUCCCCCCCGUCAUCCUCCCCCCCGUCAUCCUCCCCCCCGUCAUCCUCCCCCCCGCUAUCCUCCUCCGCCUCCCAGUCCAUUCUCACGCCCAAUUCCCCGUCGGCAGCUUCCUUUGCCGACCCAUCGUACGAAUGUGGUUCGUCCUUGCCGUCGUCCGCGGAGGGGAACGUCGUUACGCGCGCGCAAGCCAAUGGCAUGGCAGACUCGCGUCCCGAGAGACAACUCACUAACGGGUUUCACGAGACCUCGCGAGUGGCGCCGGACGUACCGCCGUCGCCAGAGAUCAUUACGCUGUCGUCGUCGGAUGACGAUGUCGUCUUGGUCUCGGAGAAGGCCGACCCCAAGGAGGCACAUGUAGAGCAGAAGGCAACAUCGAGAGGUUCGCCACGGGAAGCGCCGAAACGCGACAAGACAGAGAGCACCGCGAAGACCGAGACGGACGCCACCGUCAAAAACGAAGAGAACGAAAAUCAAGAUGCCUCACGUGAUAUCCCCACCGCCAAAGGUGGUACGAAGGGAAACGCUGUGAAGGCAAAGGUCUCUGAAGACACGACGGGUGCGAGAAUUAAGAACAAGUCGCUAGGGGUUGGCAUUAUGGAUGGCCCGGAGUCCUCUGAUGUAGCAGCAAAUGGUAAUACUUCGUCUACAAGCCAACUGCUUAUCAAUGUACAGCAUGACGCGCCUCAACCUGCACAUAUCAAAGCACGCAAGGGGUCGAGCGUAGACAAGGAAGAUGCGAUUUCGGACAAGACACCUCAUAGUCUCAGCGCUGCACACAUGUCUCCUAACGGCACACAGGCCGCUCAAGACGAGAAAGAAGAAGCAAGCAUCGUUCUAGUUGGUGAAUCGGGAAGUACUCCACGGGCACCGUCCCCGAAGCCGAAAUCGCGUGUGAAGGAGAGUAGGGCCCACGCGGAGGAUAUUCUCCCUUCGUUUAUUCGAUGUCCCGACGAUAUGGACAAGGAAGUAGAGGACUUUGCGAAUCGACUCAACGGGGGUGACACGCCAGGCGGGCUUGACGUAAUAUUGACAGGCGGGUUAGACUCUCGACAGCGGGGAAGGGACGCUGGGGCGGCGGGGCAGCAAGGAGAUUGCAGGGGACCAAAAUCUCGGCAAAGAGUCACUGCGACGAGCAGGCAACGCAAAGGGCGUGGUGGUUCUAGUGCAAACGACGCAGCAGGGUUGCGAAUUAUGGCUAACCAGCUGGAACAGGCGAGGCUGGAAGCACAGCUGCUUGAGCGCAAGCGGCACUUUGAGGAGCGGGCGACAGCGGUCGAGAAGCAAAUUGCGGCGUUAUUAUCCGAGCGAGAAAAAGUACGCGACGAGCUUUCACUAGUGAAGAUUCGACUUAUGCAAAUGGAAGGGGAUCGAAACCCAAGACAAUCGAAAUGA